AUGGAAACACCUCUUGCCCGUGGUGGGUUCUCGAAGCUGCCGGCAUACUGGGAAACAGUUAGGGCUGAAUGUGGAAAUGUGGGCAAGGUAGGGGACGAUGGCUGUGGGGCCGCCGGUGCCCUUAAAAAAGCAGCCGGCCGGCGUCGAGUCGACGGCGCCGCCGCCCCGUCCCCCCGCGGCGCCCCGGCCGUCGACUUCCAUCGUCCGCAGCCGACGGGCGCUUCCAGGCCGGAUGCGCCACCCCACGAUGCUACUCCGGCCCUACCUUCUGCACGACGCCGCGUCCGGCGACGAGCCGGACCAGCGCGCCAGCGGGUGGCAAGGCAUCUUGCAAGGUAUCGAUGGGCAAACGUGAUCUACAACGAGGUUGCAUCAGUUCCUUCUUUAGGAGCACCUGCUGCAAAUACUACUACCGGCACAGGUAGUGUGCUUAGGAACCUACAACAGAGGUACCGAUCGAGCCUCUCUGGUCAGAGGAUACGGGUUGUGCACUCUGAUGCUGCUUCUCUUCGUAAAGAGAUUUAUAGGAGUGAUCCGGAAAGAGUUAUACAUACCUUUAAAAGUCAUCCCUUGUUAAAUUCCAAUGCAGUUGCUGGAAAUACAACUACUGGCGCAGGCAGCGUGCUUAGAAAUCUACAACAGAGGUACCGAUCAAGUUUUGUCGGUCAGAGGAUACGGGGACUGCACUCCGACACCGCUUCUUUUCCCAAAGAGUUUUAUAGGAGCGAUCCAGAAAGAGUUAUACGAAACUUCAAAAGACAACCCUCGUUACAUUCCAACCCUUCAGCUCUCUCUGACUAUGUAAAAGCUGUUGUUGAUCUUGAAUUGGUAACACGAGGCAUUGGUAAUGCAGCAAUGGGGGAAGGAAGCCGUAGUGCUCUUCGUCAGCUCUCAAAAAGUGGUCUUCUUGGUACAGCAAGUGCACCCUUUUACGUAGUAGAGAAAGGUCGACUUAUGAAGCAGCUUUGGCGUACCAUCUCCGCCCUUACAGUUACUGGCUUUGCAAUCUAUGGUCUUAAGGUUGUGCUUAAUGAAUUCGAUGAGGAAGAAGGUAAAUUUGAUGGCUUGAAAGAAGUGGCUACAGAUUUAAGCACAAAAUUCAGUGAUGUAAAGGGGGUUGAUGAAGCCAAAGCUGAUCUCGAGGAAAUAGUUCACUACCUACGUGAUUCCAAACGUUUCACGCGCCUUGGUGGCAAGCUUCCAAAGGGUGUUUUGCUAGUGGGUCCACCUGGCACAGGGAAGACCAUGUUAGCUAGGUCUGUGGCUGGCGAAGCCGGCGUUCCUUUUUUCUCUUGCAGUGGCAGUGAUUUCGAGGAGAUGUAUGUGGGUGUUGGUGCUAGGAGAGUGAGGGAGCUCUUCAGCGCAGCAAAGAAGCGAUCUCCUUGCAUAAUAUUCAUCGAUGAAAUCGAUGCAAUUGGUGGGCGCAGAAACUCUGAAGAACCAAAGUGGUCGAGGCAGACCUUGAACCAGCUGCUUGUUGAGAUGGAUGGCUUCAAGCAAAAUGAUGGGAUCAUCGUGGUCGCGGCGACCAACUUUGCCGAGUCGCUAGAUAGUGCCCUCGUCAGGCCUGGUCGUUUUGACCGUCUUAUUCAGGUUCCUAAUCCAGAUGUGGAGGGCCGACGGCAGAUCCUCGAGGCUCACAUGUCAAAGGUAUUGAAAGGCAAGGGUGUGGAUAUGGUGACCAUUGCAAAGGGUACCCCUGGGUUCUCAGGUGCAGACCUCGCAAACCUAGUGAAUGAUGCUGCUCUCAAGGCUUCGAGGGAUGGUGCAAACGCUGUUGGGAUGGAUCACCUGGAAUACGCCAAGGACAGGAUCAUGAUGGGCAGCGAGCGCAAGUCGGCGGUGAUAUCUGAUCAUUCCAGGAAGAUGACAGCAUACCACGAGGGAGGGCAUGCCCUUGUGGCUAUCCUCACGGACGGCGCUGACCCUGUCUACAAGGCCACCAUUGUUCCCAGGGGAAAUGCUCUUGGCAUGGUGACACAGUUGCCAGGGGAAGACGGCGAGCUCGAAAUCUCGAGGAAGCAGAUGCUGGCGACGCUGGACGUCCUCAUGGGUGGGCGGGUGGCUGAGGAGCUUAUAUUCGGAGAAGGUGGGGUCACCACCGGCGCCCUGUCUGAUCUAAGCAGCGCGACACAGUUGGCCACAGACAUGGUCACCAAGUAUGGUAUGAGCAAGGAGGUCGGCCUCGUCUCCUACGACAACGCGACCAUGAGCGGGCGAUGGUCACCACUGGUUGAGGAGGAGGUGAAAGCGUUAUUGGACAAGGCUUACGAUAACGCGAAAACGAUUCUCACAAGGCACAGCAAGGAGCUCCAUGCGCUAGCCAACGCCCUCCUGAAGCAUGAAACUCUCACUGGUGACCAGAUCAAGAAGCUAGUAUCGGCAGGUAGAUGGUUUAGGAUCUCGUUCCCAACGCCCGCGACCCAGCGCCAGCACCACCACCCCGAUGUUCGCGCCGUGGGCACGAGCCCCGCCGGCGUGCGGCGAUUCUUUUCUGAGGCUAAGAUAAAUCUCCAGCAGGAACACGUCCUGUUCGUCAUGGCCUGCCGGCUCGCCCUCUCCAAGGCUGCGACACGUCGAUCAGCGAACGGGGCCGCCGCUUUGUGUCCUUCUUUCAGGGCACCUGCUGCAAACUCAACUACAGGCGCAGCCGCAGGUGGUGUUCUUCGAAGAAACCUACAAGAUUUGUACCAAUCUAGAUCAAUUGGUCAGCGGGCACAUGGCCUGCACUCGGGAGCUGGUUCUUUUCCGAGAGGGUUUAACAACAGUAAUCUGGAAAGAGUCAUACACGACUUCGAAAGGCAGCCUUCGUUGCUUUCUGAUCCUUCAGCUCUCUCUGAGUAUGUUAAAGCCCUUGUCAGUGUUGAGUUGCAAACUCAAGCAAACCGGAGUGGGCUGGCAAAAGGUGGUGUUCUUGGUACAGCCAGUGAACCGUUACACAUGGUCACGGUAGAAAAAGGGAAACUUAAGAAGCAGCUGUGGCGUACUUUCCAAGCCCUUGCACCUAUUUGCCUUCUAAUCUUUGGCAUUAAGUUUUUGAUGGAGUUGUUUGAUACGGAAGAAGCUCGUAACUUUGAUGGUUCGAAAAAAGAGGUGAAGGACUCAAGCGCAAAAUUCAGUGAUGUCAAGGGGAUUGAUGAAGCUAAAGCUGAACUCGAGGACAUAGUCCUCUACCUAAGAGAUCCCAAGCGUUUCACACGCCUCGGUGGCAGGCUUCCAAGGGGUGUUCUGCUGGUCGGCCCACCUGGCACCGGAAAAACAAUGUUGGCAAGGGCCGUGGCUGGGGAAGCUGGUGUCCCUUUCUUCUCAUGCAGCGGCAGCGACUUUGACGAGAUGUAUUUUGGUCUUGGGGCUAAGAGAGUGAGGAACCUGUUCACUGCAGCGAAGAAGCGAUCUCCUUGCAUACUUUUCAUCGAUGAGAUUGAUGCCAUUGCCGGGAGCAGAAACCCAGAGGAUCCAAUGUGGCAUAGGCACACCCUGAACCAGCUGCUUAUUGAGUUAGAUGGCUUCAAGCCAAAUGAUGGGGUCAUCGUGGUUGCAGCGACCAACUUCGCCGAGUCACUAGACAAAGCCCUUGUUAGGCCUGGGCGUUUUGACUGUCGCAUUGAGAUUACUAAUCCAGAUGUUGAGGGUCGACGGCAGAUCCUUGAGGUUCAUAUGUCGAAGGUCUUGAAAGCCAAGGGUUUGGACUUGAUGACCAUUGCAAGGGGGACGCCUGGGUUCUCGGGUGCAGAGCUCGCAAACCUGGUGAACUACGCUGCUCUCAAGGCUGCCAAGGAUGGGGCGAAUGCAGUUGGGAUGUGUCACAUUGAGUAUGCGAAGGACAGGAUCAUGAUGGGCAGCGAGCGCAAAUCGUUGGUGAUACCUGACGAGCGCAGGAAGAUGACUGCAUACCACGAGGGAGGGCAUGCCCUCGUUUCUAUCCACACAGAUGGUGCCGAUCCUAUCUACAAGGCCACCAUUGUUCCUAGGGGAUCAGCACUUGGCAUGGUGACGUUGCUGCCACAACCAGUGGAUCAGUAUGGGGUCUCCAAGAAGCAGCUGUUGGCGAAACUAGAUGUCUUCAUGGCAGGACGGGUGGCACAGGAGCUUAUAUUUGGAGAAAUCGGUGUCAUGUCUAGUGCUUCUGAUGAUCUUAGCCAAGCGACUAAGCUGGCGGUUGACAUGGUCACCAAAUACGGUAUGAGCGAGCGGGCCGGCCUUGCUUCCUACAACAGUGCGGAGGACGAUGGUGGUGGGAAGAAAGCGAAGACGGCCAUGAGUGAGCGAACAUCGGAUUUGGUCGAUGAGGAGGUUAAAGAAUUACUGGACAAGGCUUACAAGAAUGCGAAAACAGUUCUCACGACGCACAGUAAGGAGCUUCAUCUGCUAGCCAACGCCCUCCUUAAGCAUGAAACGCUCACUGGAGACCAGAUCAAGAAACUAUUAUCGGCAGGUAGAUGGUUUUAACUGCUAUUGUUAAAACCUUCUUCACCCUAACAGUGGAGAGGCUUACGGUUACAGGAAGAAAUUUUGUUUUCUGAUAUUGUCAUUGCAUCCACACAAAUAUUAAUGUAACGAACGACAAGUUCAGUCUGGCUUUCUUCCUGAAUUUUGUUCAUCAAGCCAGAAGGGAGCGCAUAUUUAACAGUAGAGUCUUGCUUUGGAUCUCA